UUUACGCAUGGACAACAAAUGGCUACCAAACCAAGAUUCAAGUUGGGUUAGCUUGCUACCUAGCUGGCCAUACAUUAGAUUUACACUUUAGCUAGCUAACUAGUAUUAAAGUCAAAGAAAUCACAGUAUAAAUAUUUUCCGGAAUACUUCAAAAAUGGAUGCGACAAUUGGACCAGAUUCAUGGAAAAGAUCAACAAUUAAUAACAUAAAAUUGGCCCAAACUGUUGUUCAAAGAAGCGAUAAGUUUAAUGACCUGGGACGACAACUUGACCCGCUACCCUCGCUGAGGGAUAAUUGUAUACAGCAAAGCAAUGCUGAAAUCAGAUCAUAUGUCAGAUCAACAAGGACUGUUGUCAUUAAGUUAAGAGACAAUCUCCUUGAUACGGAAGAAGAAAUUAAAUGCUUGUUAAGAGGCAAAGAAAAUUUAGAAAAGGCUCUAGAACACAUACGCAAAGAUAUUUUACUGAAUGAACAGUCUCAAGCUGGAAGAAAGGAAAAGCCAAUAAGGGAAAGGGAAACUGAUGGGGCGGACGAUUUACUUAGUGCAGAAAAACGCCAUUUACUAAAGUUAAAAAGACUUCUCGAGGGUCAGCUACGUUCUGUACAGAAGCAACUACAAGUCUUGGACAACGCGAGAAAAAGGUUGAAAGCUGUGUUGUCUGAGAGAAACAGAGUUCUUGAUUUGAUUUGUCAUGCCAGCUCAAGAAGUGCCCCAUCAAGAAUGUCGUCAAAAAAGGAACGUGCUCAAAGUCCGGAAGUGAAUCCUUUGGGACCAUACACCCCAGAAGCUGCACAAGCUAUCGCAAUGGCUGCUGAUGCCAUUCAAAGGUCACAAACAUUGCUAAAGGAAGUAGGCCACUCUAUUAAGGAGACUAAUAAAAUUCAGAAAAGUAUCCAUCAAAGUGUGAAUAAUGGUUUGACAAAGAAAAUAUCAGAAUCUAUUGCAAUGAAGCAACAUUUGCAAUUGGCAUCUGGAGAGAACAGAAUGGCAAUCCACCGUGGAAACAGAUGGCAUUACACGACCGACUUAGCGCGAGGAUAUACUUUGGGGCCUGUAUCGUCCAUGGAUUUAACAACAAGAGAGCGCCUGGACCGUCCGACAGUGCGAAGUUAUCAGCGACAUCCGGGAACUCAACUGGCAGAGGCUCAAAAAAUCAUUGAAGGGAAUUACGGUCUGGAAGCUUCUUUAGAUGCUAUUGGUCGAAACGUUGGUAUGUUAAGAAUUACUCAACAAAGACUGAAGGAAGAUAUUCGCGACAAGCAAGUGGGAACCGACGUUGAUGCGAACAUCGUGCGUUAUCGACGACGUAAAGCAAAUCAUAGAUGGGUUGUCGGUGGAUUGAGUUGUUAACGUUAAUGAAAGAAAAUAUUUUUUUCAAAUAUAUUUACACUUCCUGAUUUUAGUAUAAUUUUUCUAUUACUUUUUAUAUAAUAUUUUUUUAAUCAUUCUUAUUUUUUUUCCUGAAUGGUAUCGAGAUCUUGUGUACGAUUUUUAUAGAUGUUGAUAAGAUAUCGAUUUUUCUGCAUCGUACAACCUCGUUCCCAAGACUUAUUUUCUCUCCUAUAUUUGAACGGAACCAGAUAUAACUGAAAAACAUAAGCCCUGAAGACGAGGUUGUACAGUAUACGUAAUUUAAACGUCGGCUUGCUUGGUUGAAAAAAAAACAGGUACGCGGUGUUAAUUUUGCUAGAUUAUUUCUUAGCUGGUGUAUGUAAAUAUUUGAAUUAUUUUGUUACGAUUUGUAAUUAUCCAUACGUUCAUACAAAUGAUUUUUUAAGAUGGUGAUAGAAAAAAUAUAAACUUUCAAA